AUGUACCUGUACUCUCCAGAGCAGCUGCAGACUCAGAGUAACACGCCUGUCGUUGCACAAGUGGUCAAACGAUUGGUAGAACCUUUCUGCGGCCAAGGCCGGAUUGUUCAGCUGGACAACUCAGCGAGGAUGGAGGGCAGACUCAAAACAAUCCUUUCUGAAUUGCAGAUUAACAUUCAAUUGCCACCAUCAGAAAAAAAGCAAACAAUAUCCCUGCCGUCACCUUCAUCUCUGUGUGAAACUUCAAAGGAAUCAAACUCAGAACUCACAGCCCACCUUCAGGGCUGGACCGGACCUGCUCUGCUCCCUCUGUCGGACCUGAGCGGGUCUGGGGCAGACGCGUUCAUGCCGGGCUUUUGGGCGGCCCUCCACACCGUCUGCAUCAACACGUUCGUGCUCCACACUCUGCAGAGACGGGCCCCAGGCCGGACGGUUCCUCUGCCAGGGUUCACCAGGGCUCUGGCCUCUCAGCUGGCCGCGGGCAGCAGCAGCGUGGCCAUUCCCGUCCUGCCACCACUGAACAGCUGCUCCGACCAGGAAACCACAAAUCUUUCAAAGCAAAGGUCAAACACAAAUGGCUGUUUUCGGAUGAUGGAGGGCACGAGCUACAACUUGAGAAGUAGGCCAUCCACGCCAUCGAACAAGCAGGGCAAACCAGGAGUUGUUGGGUUAGACAACAUCGGCAACUCCUGCUACUUCAAUGCUGUGAUGCAGUGCCUCUGCUCAACCAUGCCCUUUGUAGAAGACCUCCUCUGUCACGCGACGCGCAGAGACCUGGAAAAGUGCGACUGCAAGAUCGCGCAGGUUUUCAUCCAGCUUCUGGACCAGAUGUGGCAGGGGACUAGCACCAGCUGCUCCCCUGUGCAAGUCAUGUCUGCGCUGCCCUCCGUCUUCCCGCAGUUUGACAGCUACACCCAGCAAGACGCUCAGGAACUGCUGCUCCACCUCCUGGACGCCCUGCAUGAAGACUUAAAAAAGAUGCAUUUGUCAAGAAAACAGCCAGGAAAGAAACAGAGCAGAAACUCCAAAACUGAGUCCACCCUUGUCUCGGAUCUGUUUGAAGGCCAACUCAGCUACCUGACCAGCUUCCUCCACUGUGGUCACGAGGCGCACAACAAUCAAACCUUCACUAUACUGUCACUUCCCAUCCCAAACGACAAGAAGUGCACCAUUCAGGAUUGUUUAUCCCUGUUCUUCGAGGAGUCGGUCCUGACUGGGGCCGAGCAGAGCGACUGCUCAUACUGUGGCCGAAGGAGAGAAGCAACAGUGCAAACUUACUUAAACAAACCUCCAGAGAUUCUCAUUUUGCACCUGAAACGGUUUUGCUGCAAGGGCAGGAGACAGGUCAAGUUGUCAGCCAACGUGUCGUUCUCCAUGGAGCUCGACAUCACUCCGUUUCUGUCCGGCUCGGUGCGGAGACGGCCCUCCUACCAUCUGUAUGCUGUUGUGAUCCACAGAGGUAACCUGGACAUGGGUCACUACACGGCUCUGUGCUACAACUCGGUGCUGGAGACGUGGCAUUGGUUUGACGACUCCCUCGUCAAGGAAGUGAACGGGAACAUCGUGCAGUCUCCGGACGCUUACAUUCUGUUCUACACCUGCAACCCUUUCUAGACCCAAGAGCUCUGAAAUCUCCAUCCUCAGCGACAGAUAAAAUGCAUUGCCACACGAACGCAAAACUUGUUGCUUCUUCUCCAGCUGACUCCUCUAUAGAACGGAAAAACAAACAAAAAACAAAAAAACAAAAAGCUUAUACAGCGUAUAUCCUUAUUCUGGAUCAAAUCGGAAACAACAAC